AUGCAACGAUUUACUACACCCGCUCUUCGCUCAGUUGCCUGGCGAUCCAUGUGCUCCAAGCGUUUCUACUCGACACCAGCAACGUCUGAAUUCGUAAAGAUUGUCGAGGUGGGACCACGCGAUGGGUUGCAAAACGAAAAGCAAGUUAUUCCUACACCCGUCAAGGUCGAGUUGAUUCAACGUCUUGCCAAUGCCGGUCUUCCUGUCGUCGAGGCAACCAGCUUUGUCAGUCCUAAAUGGGUGCCGCAAAUGGGUGAUCACAAUGAGGUGUUGACGACCAUUGAGAAAAAGGCGGGUGUUUCUUAUCCAGUGCUUACGCCCAAUGUCCGUGGUGUCGAGAAUGCCCUCAAGGCAGGUGCUGAGGAGGUUGCCAUGUUUGCUGCUGUCACAGAAUCCUUCAACAAAAAGAAUACCAACUGCUCGACCAAGGAGGCAUUAGAACGUGUGCGUCAAGUCACCCAAGCUGCUCUUGACAAGGGCCUCAAAGUACGAGGCUAUGUUUCUUGUGUCCUUGGAUGUCCUUAUGAAGGCCAAGUUUCUCCCGAUGCUGUAGCUGAUAUGGCCAAGCAAAUGUAUGAGGCUGGAUGCUAUGAGAUUAGUUUGGGUGAUACCAUUGGUGUUGGUACUGCAGGAUCCAUGGCCAAGAUGCUUGAAAAAGUGCUCAAGGUCGUUCCUGUUGAGGCCCUUGCUGUUCAUUGCCAUGAUACUUAUGGACAAGCAUUAGCAAAUAUCCUCAAGGCUCUUGACUAUGGUAUUCGUGUUGUAGAUAGCUCGGUAGCAGGACUUGGUGGAUGUCCUUAUGCUCCUGGUGCCAAGGGUAAUGUUGCUACUGAAGAUGUCGUUUACAUGCUCCAUGGAAUGGGUUUCAAAACGGGUGUUGAUAUGGAAUCGCUUAUUGAGACUGGACGAUGGAUCUCUGAAGAGCUUGGUCGUGAGACUGGUUCACGUGCAGGUGCAGCACUUAUGGUGGCUAAAGCACGUCAAAAGCAACAACAACAACAACAACAACAACAGGCUAAGCUGUAA